CAGCCGGGGCGGCCGCGCGGGGCCCCGGAGUCCCCGCGUCCUCCCCGCCGGGUCCGGCUGUUCCUCCGCGCGCGCGCGGCCAUGGAGCUGGAGGUGUCGGACGAGGCGGAGAGCGCCGACGCGGGCGCCGUGACCUCGUCGCAGGCGGCCUGGGCGGCGGAUAGCGGGGCGGCGGCGGCGGCAGGUUUGGCUCAGAAGAAGCCGGCCCCUACAGAGGUGCCCCCCAUGACGGGUCCCGGCCAUGGCAAGAAGCUGGGCCACCGUGGUGUGGAUGCAUCUGGUGAAACCACGUAUAAAAAGACCACCUCCUCCACGCUGAAGGGGGCCAUCCAGCUGGGCAUCGGCUACACCGUGGGCAACUUGAGCUCCAAGCCCGAGCGGGAUGUGCUCAUGCAGGACUUCUACGUGGUGGAGAGCAUCUUCUUCCCCAGUGAGGGCAGCAAUCUCACCCCCGCUCACCACUUCCAGGACUUCAGGUUCAAGACCUAUGCGCCCGUGGCCUUCCGCUAUUUCCGGGAGCUCUUCGGCAUCAGGCCGGAUGAUUACCUGUACUCGCUGUGCAACGAGCCCUUGAUUGAGCUGUCGAACCCCGGCGCCAGCGGCUCCCUGUUCUACGUCACGAGCGAUGACGAGUUCAUCAUCAAGACAGUGAUGCACAAGGAGGCUGAGUUCCUGCAGAAGCUGCUCCCUGGUUACUACAUGAACCUCAACCAGAACCCGCGGACCCUGCUCCCCAAGUUCUACGGGCUGUACUGCGUGCAGUCAGGGGGCAAGAACAUCCGGGUAGUGGUGAUGAACAAUAUCCUGCCCCGCGUGGUCAAGAUGCACCUCAAGUUCGACCUGAAGGGCUCCACAUACAAGCGGCGGGCCAGCAAGAAGGAGAAGGAGAAGACGAUCCCCACGUACAAGGACCUGGACUUCAUGCAGGACAUGCCAGAGGGGCUGCUGCUGGACGCCGAUACCUUCUCGGCGCUCGUCAAGACGCUGCAGAGGGACUGUCUGGUGCUAGAGAGUUUCAAGAUCAUGGACUACAGUCUCCUUCUGGGCGUGCACAACAUGGACCAACAGGAGCGGGAGCGACAGGCCGAGGGUGCCCACAGCGCCGCCGAUGAGAAGAGGCCUCUGGGCCAGAAGGCGCUGUACUCCACAGCCAUGGAGUCCAUCCAGGGCGGUGCAGCACGUGGGGAGGCCAUCGAGACUGACGACACGAUGGGUGGGAUUCCCGCUGUGAAUGGCCGCGGGGAGCGUCUCCUGCUGCACAUCGGCAUCAUUGACAUCCUGCAGUCCUACCGGUUCAUCAAGAAACUGGAGCACACCUGGAAGGCUCUUGUCCAUGAUGGGGACACGGUCUCCGUCCAUCGCCCCAGCUUCUAUGCCGAGCGCUUCUUCAAGUUCAUGAGCAACACGGUUUUCCGGAAGAACUCCUCCCUCAAGUCCUCCCCAUCUAAGAAGGGCCGGACGGCCCUGCUGGCCGUGAAACCCCUGGGGCCCACAGCCGCCUUCUCCGCCAGCCAGAUCCCCAGCGAGCGGGAAGAAGCCCCCUACGACCUGCGGGGAGCUCGCAGCUAUCCCACACUGGAGGAUGAAGGCCGGCCCGACCUCCUGCCAUGCACUCCGCCCUCCUUCGAGGAGGCUACCACUGCUUCCAUCGCCACCACCCUGUCCUCCACGUCCCUCUCCAUCCCUGAGCGCUCGCCCUCUGAGACCUCGGAGCAGCCGCGGUACCGGCGCCGCACACAGUCCUCAGGACAGGAUGGCCGGCCUCAGGAGGAAGUGCAUGCAGAUGAGGACUUGCAGCAGAUCACAGUGCAGGUGGAGCCCACGUGCAGCGUGGAGAUCGUGGUCCCCACCCAGGAGGAUGCUGGGGGUGCAGCCUCGCCAGCUUGUCCCACCAUUGUAACUGCUGCCGCCGCCGCUGCCACCGCCACAGAAGCAGAAACUGCCAGUCAGGCCUCAGAGCCCGCCAGCCAGGCCUCAGAUGAGGAGGAUGCACCCGCCACCGAUAUCUACUUUUUCUUGAACGGGAGGUACUGGAUUUACUCCCCGCGCCGGCGCCGACUGCGGGCCGUGACGCCAAGCCGCUCUGGGAGUCCCACCGAUGACCGGAGCUGGGUGUACUCCCCGCUCCACUAUAGCGCGCCGGCCCGCCGGGCCUCCGACGGCGAGAGCGACACAUAACUUCUAUGCAGUUCCCGACGCCCACGGACCUCGCCGCCUGCGGUCUCCGGCGCCCAGAACCAGGGGGCCAGCCCCGGCGCCCCGCCCUGCGCCCCUGCGCCUGCGAUACUGUGAACCCCCAGCCUCCCCAGUCUCCUAUUUAUUCGAGUCCCCUGCUCUUUGCACAGACAGUCGCACGUGCGCUUUUUUUUAAGAAAAUGGAAAAGGCAAAAAAAAAAAAAAACCAAAAAAUCAAGUCAAGAAAAAAAUAAAAGGAAAACAAUUCAAAAGAGGAGGGGGAAAAUGAUGCAGGGAACUUCGGGGGAAGAAAGGGGCGCCCCUCGCCUGCACGGGGGUCUCUGCUCUGCUGCAUGCACCUCGCCUGGCCGGUGGGGCCACCCUGAAUCUAGGAGACGCUAGGCCCUCCCGCAACCAAGCCGAGUCCUGCCUCCCUUUUCGGGGCAGAAGCUUCUGGAAGAACUUGUGGCCCUGGAGGAGAAGGAGCCACACGGAUGCAUACCUGGAGGAGAUGGCACCCUUCUAAACAGAUGACCCUGGAGGCGAGAAGUGGAAUUCCGUGGCCAAGACUGGCCUUGUCUCCUGCAUCGAACCCCAUAGAGCCCUGAACUCUGAACUCUGAAGUCCGUGGCCCUGCUGGAAGCUCAGGCUUGGGGCUCGGCCUGGAACACACAGCAGGGCCCGGAGCUGGUGGACCUUCUGGAAGGAUCUGCCCCGGAGGGAGCUUAACCCCACACCCCCAUGGCGCUGGGGCUCCCCUUGCAAUCCCCAGGACUAGAGGCGCCCACACAAACCUCCAUCCCCACCCCAGCCUACAGACCUGGGCGAUCAGCCCGCACCUCUGCAGAACUCCAGACCGCUCCAAGGUCCCCCUCCGAUGUCCCAUAGGACUGGGACCCACAGGACCAGAGACAUUCUGAGCGACAGGGGUAGUGGCCAGACCCCGCAGGCCCUGAAAAUUGUAAACCUCCCUUCCCCCGACAUUCUAGACGUUUCUAUUUUUGUGGUUAGUCACUUAGAACCCGGUGGGGAACCCCAGAGAGAAGCCCACCGGCCAGCCUGUGCGGGGCCUCAGCUCCCUCUGUGCAGGCAACGGGCGCCUUUUGAGACAGACUAGGGGGACAUGCCCCCUGUGAUCCCUCCAGCGCCUGGCUCAGUGCAAUACUUCCGCCCUGUCUAGUGGGGCUCCCGGGUCCUGUCUCUGGGGAUUGAGCCCCAUCACCUGACACCCUCUCUUCCAUUCCACCCCACUCCCAUCUCGUCUCCAUGGCCGACCUGAUCUCGAAACACAAGGAAACUGCAAACCUCGUGUCUUAAAUCGCACCCCUGGUUCUGCGUGCUCAACCCCCCAUACCUCAGCCCACCCAGCCGUCCGGUGUGUGACAAUCUGGGCUCUUGGGUCUCGGGUGCCACCCUGCUCCUCACUUCCAGAGCCCUGACACCCAUGUGACCCACAGCCACUGCUGGCCCCAAGAGCACCGGUAUGCACCCCCUCACCCCAUUUUUACGUUGAUGAGAUCUAAUAAACCAGGUCAUGAGCA